AAGGGGCCGGGGCGGGACGUGGCCGGGGCGCGGCCAUGGCGGCGGCGAAGGCCGGGGGAGGCACCGCCGGCACCAACCCCAACACCAACCUGCUCUUCUCCUCCUCCGCCACCGACUUCAGCUUCAACGUGCCCUUCAUCCCCGUCAGCCAGGCGCCCGCCGCGCCAGGGCCCGCGCUGCUGCCCGCCGAUGAUUCUGCAGACGUUGGGGAAGAGGACAGCUUCUUGGGUCAGACUUCUGCCAGCCCCAACCCACCACAGACUUUCAACUAUUUCUCUCAAGUGCCCAGUAGCAGUGAUCCCUUUGGAAGUAUUGGGCAGCCACCCUUGACAACUGCUGCAACCCCUGUGGGAGCACCAGCCUUCUCCAGGCCUCCAACUUCACCUCCACUCGUGUCUGGGUCACAGGAUGGGCAAAAUGCCUUUUCACCUCAUAUUCCUAAUUCCCAGCCCUACAGUGCACCCCCCACCUCCCAGGUGGGAAUCCCACCGUACCAGACUCCUCAGCAGAGCUGUCCCCCGCCCACCAGUGCUCCAGGACUUCCCCCAGGAACACCUCAGCAGGGAUACAACCCCUACAGACACACCACCCUGAGCAGCAGGGCCAACCCCUACCUCACCCCGCCCCAGCUGCAGCAGAGCCACGCCCCUGCCCACACCCCAUCCUCUGUGCCACCCGUGCACAUGUACCAGACACCUCCGGGGCCUCUGACACAGUUUCCACAGUCCCAGCCCCAGGCUCCCAGGCCUGCAGGUCCCCUGGUCCCGGCCCCUCCUGUCUUGCUGCACAACCAGUAUGAGCCAGUUCAGCCACACUGGUUCUACUGUAAGGAGGUGGAGGACAAGCAGAUAUGGAUGCCAUUCAGCCUUCUGGAUUCUGCAAAACUGGAGGAGGUUUAUAAUUCUGUCCAGCCUGACCCCGAGAGCGUGGUGCUGAGCACGGACGGGGGCCGCUACGACGUGUUCCUGUACGACAGGGUGAGGAAAGCCGUGUACUGGGACGAGGAGCCCUCGGAAGUGAGACGCUGUCUGUGGUUCUACAAAGGAGAAAAGGACAGCCGGUUCAUUCCUUACACUGAGGAUUUUAGUGACAAGCUAGAGGCAGAAUAUAAAAGGGCUGUGACUACAAAUCAAUGGCACCGGCGACUUGAGUUCCCAAAUGGGGAGACCAUUGUUAUGCACAAUCCCAAGGUCAUAGUUCAGUUCCAGCCUGCUGCCACACCAGAUGAAUGGGGCACCUCUCAGGAUGGUCAGGCAAGACCAAGGCUGGUAAAACGUGGAAUUGAGGAUGACCAUGAUGAGAUUCCUGAUGGAGAAAUGUCCCAAAUUGACCAUCUGGUAUUUAUGGUUCAUGGCAUAGGUCCUGUAUGUGACUUGAGGUUUAGAAGCAUUGUUGAAUGUGUGGAUGAUUUUCGGACUGUUUCUCUGAAGUUGCUGCAGACUCACUUUAAGAAAGGUUUAGAGGAAGGUAAAGUGAGCAGGGUGGAAUUCCUUCCAGUCCACUGGCAUAGUUCUCUGCAUGGAGAUGCAACAGGUGUAGACAGGAACAUAAAGAAAAUCACUCUGCCGAGCAUCGGGCGCCUGCGGCACUUCACCAACGAAACGCUCCUCGACAUCCUGUUCUACAACAGCCCCACCUACUGCCAGACCAUCGUGGAUAAAGUCGGCCUGGAAAUGAACCGUCUGUACGCGCUUUUCAUGAGCCGCAACCCCGACUUCAAAGGAGGAGUCUCUGUGGCUGGGCACAGCUUAGGUUCCUUAAUUCUCUUUGACAUAUUGUCUAACCAGAAGGACUUGGCUUCAUCAGUAAAUUCUGGGCCCUUCUCUGCUGUUAAUGGGACUGUAAAGGAUGUGGCUGUUCAUGAUAAACAGAUGACUGAAGAUACCAGUUCCUUGGGCUCCUCAAUUGCCACAUCUGGUGAUGACCUUUGUGAGCCUGAGAUGGAUGAGGAUGUUCCCACUUUGCAGAAGACUCUGGAGAUGCUGAGUUUGUCGGAAUAUGUGAGCACGUUUGAGAAGGAGCGGAUGGACAUGGAGUCUCUGCUCAUGUGUACAGUUGAUGACCUGAAGGAAAUGGGGAUACCUCUUGGACCAAGAAAGAAAAUAGCUAAUUUUGUGAAAGACAGAGCAGCCAAGCAGGAACAGAAGAAAGCAAUAGCAGAAAAGAAAGCAGUGCUGGCUGCCACACUCCAAACUCAGGAAGACACCCAGAAACCAAAAGAGUCAGUUCCUUGUGUCUCCUCUGCAGAGGCUGGUCAGCACUCAAAGAGGAAACUCCCAGUUGGUGCAUCCGUGUCUUCUGUGAACAUUGACUACGAGUAUUUUGAAGUUGGAACUGGCCAGGUUUCUGUGGUUUACAGUGCAUUGGACUUUGAACCAGAUAUUUUCUUUGCUCUGGGUUCUCCCAUUGGUGUGUUCCUCACUGUGAGGGGUGUGGAGAAGAUUGAUGAAAACUACAGGCUUCCUACCUGCAAGGGAUUCUUCAAUAUCUAUCACCCACUUGAUCCAGUAGCUUACAGGUUAGAACCAAUGAUCAUUGAAGACAUGGAUUUAAAACCAGUUCUCAUUCCACAUCAUAAAGGCAGAAAAAGACUUCAUCUGGAACUGAAAGACUCCCUGUCUCGUAUGGGCUCUGAUCUGAAACAGGGCUUUAUCAGCUCUUUGAAGAGUGCAUGGCAGACCCUUAAUGAAUUUGCCCGUGCCCACACAUCUUCAACUCAGCUGCAAGCAGAGCUGGAGAAAGUAGCCAACCAAAUUAAAGAGGAAGAAGAAAAGCAAGUAGUAGAAGCUGAGAAGAUCACUGAAAGUCCAGAGCCUCCAAAAGAUGAAGAUUCCUCAGUGAAGGUCGGAAUGCUGAACGGAGGGCGUCGGAUUGAUUAUGUGCUCCAAGAGAAGCCAAUAGAAAGCUUCAAUGAAUACCUCUUUGCUUUGCAGAGUCAUUUGUGCUACUGGGGUUCUGAAGACACUGCCUUGCUGUUCCUCAAAGAGAUAUACAGGACUAUGAAUAUCAAUCCUGAGCAGCCACAGCAUUGAUGUCUAGAAACAGGAAUUUCCACACCUGUUGCUCCCACAGACCUGGUGAAAAACUCUUUGGAAAACAUCUGGUAUUUUCAUACUUACACAUGCCAGGAUAAGCAUCAGACUUCUUUUUUUUCUGCCAGUGCAGAACUUGCUCAGAUUCUACCUUCUUGUGUCACUUCAAGCAAACUUAAAUUCCGUGGUGAUCUGAUCAGCACUGUCCAUCAGGAGAUGGAUGGGAUGACACCGUUAUGAUCCUAAAUCAGUUUAAUUGUACAGUUGCCAAGUAUAAGGUGAUCAGUGAAGAAGUUUAUUUUGGCAUGCAAAUCAUUGCUUCUCCUUCAGCUCUCCUGUCUCAGCUGGCUGUCAGACAUGCUCUGCCUACCAAGGCAGCUUGUCCUCAUUAAAAAGGACUUGGUGAGAAACAGCAAUAAUCUGUUUUUCUUGACACGUUCGUUCGUCCACCUUCAAACUAUAAAAUGUGAACUGUAGUUAUAACCAUCUUUAAUACAGAUUACACAAUCCAGUUCAUAUUUACUAACAAUUAGCAACCAGAAUCAUUUUCUUACUAUUGUAAGUGUGAUGGAGAUUAUUUUAUAAAGACCUUUUUAAGCCUCUGUUAAGAGUUUUACUGUUGCUUUUAUUUUUAUAAGUAAAAAUGAACUUUUGACUUUGAAAAUGUUAGAAGUUUGUUACAACUAGUUCAGUGUUCACAUAUCCUGAAAUGAAGAACAAUUUAAAAUAACAUUUUGAUCUGAUAAUUACAGAAUUAGAGACUAUUCUGAGUUAAUUAAGGCAAUUUUAGUGAAACCAGACUGCAGUUGGGAGAAUUAAAAUACUUACCUUGACCCUGCAGUCUCACAUCUCAAAACAGUCAAUGUAAAUAGGAUCCUGAAGCUUAGGGGUGCUGAACAAUAAUCUGGAUCCAGACCUGCAAUCCAGGCUCCAUUUUUUGUACCAAAGUUGAAAGGAAUUGGGUGGUGUGAAAUCCUUGGAAUUCAUGUCUCUGAAUACUGAGCUGCUGUACCUUUCCUUGGGCUCCAAGUUACAUACACAUUGUGGCUUUUCUUAAUAUUGGUGAUUUAACCUUACUACUGACUAUUUGCCUCUGUUCUUGCAGUAAAUGAAUUCUGAAAUGCAGUAUGUUUAUUUUUUUUUUCCUUGAUAUAUGUAAAAUACACAUUAUUGUGUAUAUAAUUGGAUGGCUAUAAUUAAAAGUACCUUACUUCCAGUGGAUUUUACAACCAGGUUUUGUAUUUCUUCAUAGGAAAUAGGUUGGAAGAGACCUCUGGAGAGGUUGCUCAGGGCAGGAGGGCUCAGGACCUGGUUCAAGGCUGGAGAGCCUUUGCUUCUCUGGGCCCUAUUUUAAAGUUUGCUUUGGUUGCAAAUUUUUUUUCUAAUAUAGAGUUGAAUUUUCCCAGUUGGAGCUUGUAUCUGUUGCCUCUUGUCCUUUCUCUGUGCAUCUUCAAGAGUCAACUCUCUGUCUUCUCUUGUGCUCUCAUGAUUUUCCAGCCCAACCCCUUUCCGUGGCAUCUCUUGCCUGCCAGGCACUGUGACCCCAUGGGCAUCUUGGACUUGCUUCACUUUAUCAAAGUUCAACUUGUUCUGGGAAGCAAGCUUACCAAAAGAAAGCUUUUUAUCCAAAAUAUCAAAUAUAUUUGUAAAAUUAA